AUGGCUACUCACAAGGUCUUCAGCCUCAGCUCUCAGUCUGUCCACAGCUUUAAAAGAGUCCUUGUUACGACAGAGCAGAAGAUUGCUAUGACACUGCAUGAAUUCACACUCUCUGUGGAUCCUAAAGCUCUACCCAGAGUGCUACAGAUCCAGUCAGGAGUCUACUAUCAAGGCUGUGUGUAUGCGAUGUUUGGAAGAGAGUGCUCUCUUUCAACAGGAGAUCUGCUGAAAAUCUUUGAAACCACCAUUACUAGAUUCACGGCACACAGCUCCAACAAAACUGAGAUCGAAAUACCAUUAGAAUAUCCAGGUUUGUUCAAACUGGUGGCUGACAGUCAGCCAUACCUAAGCAUACAAGAAGUAGCUGACUCACUGAACAUCAGCUCUCACAGGCUGGGCCAGCCCAUGUUUCUCACCUGUUCAGAGAUCCAGCUCACGCAGGGGGUCAUACGAGAGGGAGAGAACUUCAGAAUCAUUGCUGUCACCCAAGAGCUCAACGGUGGACGUGUGGACUGUGAGCUGCCAAACAGAGAGCCAAAGUUCUGCUUUAACUUGAGUUUCUCACAGGAAGGCCACUUCAGAGAGUGUGAGGACAACCAGUUUUAUACUCUGAAAGAAAUAGCAGAGUGGAAAAUCUCCAAAGGCAGGAAGAGGACAGUUAAUGAAGUCAAAGCUCUGCUCAAGAAACACUUCUUAUUUUCGAAUUUGCUGGAGAAUGUGUUCGGAGAGAUGAUGCUGACACCCAUGUAUGAGCUAAAAGCUGUUACAAAGAGUACCGAGAGGGUUUUGCUUAUCCCGUCAAAUUUAGACGUGGAGGUAGUAGAUGUCACAGAACACUUUGAUUGUGAUUCUUUUGUGCAGCCUCUCUCUCUUCAGGAUGUUUUUAAGAGGCCUACAGAGUUUUUUCCUGUGGUGGCAGAGUUGUCAUGUAAAAGCUCUUUCAAGUUUUCACCAGAGCUGGAGUCCUUUUUUCAUUCCAAACAGGUGCUCAUCCAUCAUGCUUAUUGUGCAAACCGAAUACUGGCCUCGGAAAUGUGUAAUGAAGCUCCGAGACACUUUCUUAUUCCAGAGUCCUACAAUGGACGCUUCAAGUGUCGGCCACGGCAGUUCCCCACCGCCUACGAUCUGGAACAGACAUGCAGUGAGACAGAAGAGUUACGUGUGGUGGCCACUAGAGACUUUGAGUCAAAGUAUAAUGUGCUUGCUUCUGUUCAUGCUGGAGAUCAGUUUUUAGUGACAAAAGGCAAAAGCUGUGCAGUUUCACAUGAUGGGACAGUGAAGGCAGCAGAUGCUUUUGAGUGUCUGAAGGUCAUGGACAUGAAGGAGUCUGUGCACCUACCUUUGUGUCUGGAGGGUGGAUUCAUGGAGCUUGUUAGUGACAAGCGUCAAUACACCAUUGCGGAGAUAUGCCGAUGGUUCCCUCUGCCCUUCAACGUCAAAGUGUCUGUUCGUGACCUCUCUUUGAAGGAGGACAUUUUGGCCAGAGUGCCAGGCUUGCACAUUGAGGAGGAGAUCUCUGAACCCUGUCUCCUCAUUUCAUCCUUUGAUCUCUCAGAGUUGAGGGAAGUGCCAGUGAAUCGUACAGACUUGAUCCUUUAUAUAAAACAGCACUGGACAGGCGAGAGUCCAGCAUGUAGCAGGAGAGGAGAGGAGAUCUCAGAAGACUCUCUGAGGAGAUACGCUUUUGCUACAGUGACACCCCCUCCACGACCUCAAUCCCCCAAAGAUCCUCCACCACGGCCCCCCAAGAUGCUACCAUCCAGAUCUGAGAGUGCCACCACUGACAACUCCAGCUGCUCUCCAAAGGUAAACUCUAUUCACAUUGCAGUCUCAUCUUUAGAUGUGCACGAGACUUUAUUCAACAUGUCACAAAGAGUUUCCUCGAGCGAAUCUCAUUUUAUGGAAGCCGAAAACAGAAUCCCUACUGCAGAAAAUGCUCUACGGGCCCGCGAGGGUGAGAUUUCUACAUUGGUUAAAAUGGUGACACAGCUUCAAGCCAAAGUGGAUGACUUAGAGGGGGAAGACGUAAAAAUCUGCGAAUUGUCGGUUUACCUGAAAAAGCUGAGGGAUCUACCCCGCUCGCUCAAUUUCUGA